AUCGGUCGUUUUAGUAGAAUAGUACUGAUUGAGAUUUUUAUCAGACAGUGUUUUGAUUUCAUGGAAGCAAAUAAAAAGAUUGUUGUUUGUUUUCUCUUUAUUGAACCUCAUACUCUAGGGGAAAGAUUACUGGUAUUUUCAUGGUGCUGCGCAUUGUGUAUUGAACAUACCAUUUUGUCAUGUUGUUUUUUAGCAGAUAUGAUUCAAUCCAAUUUCCUCUUUUUUGGGACGGCAUUUGUUCUCUUACAAUUGCUUCCAGGAGUUGUAGGUUGGGGAAAGGAAGACCACUAUGCAGUUUGCAAGAUAGCGGAGGGGCUACUUACUGAAGAUGCUGCUGCUGCUGUGAAAAUGUUGCUCCCUGAGAUUGCUAAAGGAGAACUUGCUGCUGUAUGCUCCUGGGCGGAUGAGAUUCGUGUUCAUUACAGCUGGAGCGGAGAACUGCACUUUGUUAACACACCAGAGUUCAGGUGUAACUAUGAAUACUGUCGAGAUUGCCAUAACUCAAGUGGAGAUAAAGAUAGGUGUGCCAUCGGUGGAAUUAACAACUAUACCAUGCAGCUACAGAAUUAUCAGUGCUCCACUUCAGAACGGAAAUAUAAUUUGACGGAAGCACUCAUGUUCCUAUCACAUUUUAUCGGGGAUGCCCAUCAGCCUUUACAUGCUGGUUUUCGUGGAGAUUUAGGUGGAAACACUAUAUCUGUCCACUGGUUUGGACUACAAACCAACUUACAUCGUGUAUGGGAUAACAUGAUUAUUGAAACGGCCAUGAAGUCUUUCUACAACUCUGAUCUUGCAAUCAUGAUAGAAUCCAUUAAUAAGAAUAUUACGGACACUUGGUCAGAAGACAUCAUCUUGUGGGAAAAUUGCACCUCAAUCAAUACCAUUUGUCCAGACCCGUAUGCUUCUGAAAGUAUUGAUUUGGCUUGCAAAUAUGCGUACAAGGGCGCUACACCAGGAAGCACUUUGUCAGAUGAAUACUUCCUUUCGAGGUUGCCCAUUGUGGAGAAAAGGCUAGCACAAGCUGGAGUCCGCUUAGCCAGUACCCUCAACCGCAUAUUUAAAACUCAGAUGUUGAUCUCAGAAGCUUGAAGCAUGGAAAGUUCAUUUCUUUAUGGAGAGGAGUGGGAGAGAAACCUACAAUCGGGAGCUACUGUUUAUGCCAUGUCUAAGUGGUCUGUCACAGUCAGGGGCUAACGAGUUGUCGCCAAUCGGGAGCUACUGUUUAUGCCUGUUUGUUUAUACGUACUUUUUUAGGACGAUAUACAUUUCUUCUGCUUCCGGUCAACAAGAAAAAUUGAGUACAUUUCUUCAA